AUGGAGAGGAGGAAAAAUUUGGAGAAAAGGGCUUCAAUUGACAGUGCUCCAAGAAAACAUCCUUUAAUGAAGACGAAAGGAGUGACCCAAGGUAGAGUAGGAGUAGAUAGCAUCGUUGGAGCAGGCAAGGAGACUCGGCAGUUUGGUAUCUUCAGCGCGUCGGCCCAGGCGCUAGGCGACGCCCUCUAUCAGGUGGCCUGUGGUGAUGCUAUUGUGGCGGAGGAUGUCAAAGCUGCCCAAGCAAGGCAACGAGAACCAUUGGGCAAUCCCUUCUGGCGGCGCCGAGAAAGGGGAGGUGCUUUUGUCCUACCAGUUGGGUUCAUGGACAAAGAGGAUGGCGACGCCAUCAACAUUACUGUAGCAGACCUGGACAGCGGCGCCACUAGGCACAUGGGCAGCACUUAUGGCGUUGAAGCUGCUGCUAUUGGAGUGGGCUGGAACAAGAGCGAGCCAGGCAGCGCCAACAAGAACAGGCGCCAGGCUGGGUUAUGCCUUGCAAGCACUGGGCGCCAGGUUAGGCGAUGCUCAUUGUGUGCUGGCUUCAACAACGCCAGGAUUGGCAUAGGCAGGCUGGAGGCUGGAGGCUGGAGGCUGGGCAUUGGCCGUUGGCAGGCAGAGUAUGUGAGCGACUCUCAUGAGGAGAGUACAAUCCAAGAACUGUCGAAGAAGUUUUUAGGGAUUUUAAGGGCCGAAGUUUUUAGGGAUUUUAAGGGCCGACUAGCUGGUUUGAUCAAGGCUCUCACCACAGGUUUUAGGUUGAACAAUUUUAUCAGCAAUGUGACCCUGGUGUUGGACCAUCAAAUUUCCAAAUUCAAGGAUGCUGGAGUAUGGCUAGAUGGCAACAAUUUGGAUCAAUUCACAUCUGCAAGGAGGAGGAGUGCAUGCUCAGCAGCUGGACAGAGAGGUUUUUCAGUAUCAGUGGUGUUCUGCUAUUAUAUGGCAAAUUAUCUUUGUAUCAGGAGCUGUCUGGGGCUGUUUGAGGACUGCUGUGUUGGUGCUGCUGUAAUGGUGGGUCUGUUGAAGCGUUUUGAGGAAUGCUGUGAUGGUGCUGCUGUUAUGGUGGGUCUUCUGCCAGUGGAAGCUACUACAAAUUUUGGUGUUAUG